CCCUUGCUUCCCCCGUUCCCAACUCAAUUUUUUUAAACUACCUUGUAUUGCAAUUUGCAGCACAUAGUAAAUAACUAAGCAAAAAUGGUAAAGCACUCAUCUUUCUAUUGCACAUUAACUAAAAAAGUUCAGUAAACCCAAAAAAAUCAGCCUCAUUCCUCCACCUUCUCUUAUUCCAAAGCACUCCCCCCACCCACCAUACCAUUUUUCAAAAAGAGUCCGCUCCAAAUAAUAAAUUCAAACAAAUACAAAGAGGCCGAAAGAAGAACAGAAGAUCGGAUAUAAACAGAGAGAGCUCUCUUCGACGCUUCGUUCUCUUCAAAAUCUUUAGAAUUUGUGGGGGUUUGGGAACUAUGGACCCUGCGGUGCUGGAUGACAUUAUCAACAGGUUAUUGGAGUAUCGGCAGGGGCGGGCAGGGAAGCAGGUCCAGCUCAUGGAGACCGAGAUCCGCCAGCUCUGCACUGUUUCUAGGGAGAUCUUCCUCCAGCAGCCCAAUCUUCUGGAGCUCGAAGCCCCCAUCAAGAUCUGCGGUGACAUUCAUGGACAAUAUACUGAUCUUUUGAGGCUUUUUGAGUAUGGGGGUUUUCCUCCCAAUGCCAAUUAUUUAUUCCUUGGAGACUACGUAGACCGUGGCAAGCAGAGUUUGGAAACAAUAUGCCUUUUGCUUGCUUAUAAAAUCAAAUAUCCUGAGAACUUCUUUCUUUUGAGAGGGAAUCAUGAAUGUGCUUCAAUUAAUCGGAUAUAUGGAUUUUAUGAUGAAUGUAAACGCCGGUUCAAUAUAAGAAUUUGGAAAACUUUUACUGAUUGUUUUAAUUGUCUUCCUGUGGCUGCACUCAUAGACGACAAAAUAUUGUGCAUGCAUGGUGGCCUUUCCCCUGAUUUAACAAAUUUAGAUCAAAUCAGGAACUUACCUCGUCCAGCUGAUGUUCCGGACUCUGGUUUGCUUUGUGAUUUACUUUGGUCAGAUCCUGGUAGAGAUGUCAAAGGCUGGGCAAUGAACGAUCGUGGAGUCUCUUACACUUUUGGUGCUGAUAGCCUUUCAGAAUUCUUAACAAAGAAUGACAUGGACCUUGUUUGUCGUGCCCAUCAGGUUGUUGAGGAUGGAUAUGAAUUCUUUGCUCACAGGCAGCUUGUUACAAUAUUCUCUGCUCCCAAUUACUGUGGUGAAUUCGAUAAUGCUGGUGCUAUGAUGAGUGUUGAUGAAAGCUUAAUGUGUUCUUUUCAAAUCCUUAAGCCAGCUGAUAAAAAGCGCAAGUUCAUUUGAACAGAGCCAAUGAGGACUGCAGUCUGAACGCUCCUUAAGCUUGCUAAUCUAUGGGCUCGUGAAACCUUGCUUGCAGAAUGCCUCUCCCAUCACUCAGGAAAGAACACUUAGAAGAUGAAAAGGCUGGCUUUGAAGCUCCUUCAAACUUCAGUUGAACAUCUAGUAUCAUUUUGUGUUGGAGGUAUGAAUUACACGUUCAAAAUGUCUUGAGAAGGAGCUGAAUGACUUCUCAUUUAGGAGCCAAUUGCCUUUUAGGGUGGUGGCAAAGGCAGAAUUUUCGCUUUAAUCAGUUGUCAAAGCUCUCACCGAAAUUGUGGUGUGAGUAAAUGUAUUGGGUUUCGUAAAUGACUGCCUGUGUAGACAGACUAUGGUCACUGAUUGAAAAAUGUUUGAUCUGCCAACAUUUUCAGUUAUCGAAUAGUUUCACUUGCUUUUUUCUUUUC